AUGAACUUAGCAGCUCUCUUCCACCGUUAUGGAGACAUUGGCAGCGCCAUCGAGCACUACAGGAGGGCAGCCGAGAUAAUCGACCCAAGCGACGUCGAUAUGAUGGUCAUGUUGAGGGCGCGGAAGGCGUCGUGCGACUGGCGCGACUGGGAGAGAGAUGUUUUCGACCUCAAGUAUCAGGUGGACGUGAAGCAACUAGCGUUCGGACGCCCGCCAUCCCUCCUCCCGUUCGACACUCUUCUCCUGCCCCAUCCCGUGACCCCGGCCUGGCGCCGCCGGCUUGCCGAGGCCCACUCGGCGAGAUACGUUGAGGCUUCGACCGCGCUGGUCGGAUCGCGAUCGCACGAAGCCUUCCUCGGCGAAAACCGCACGAGAGACGCAGCACGUCCAGAGGGAUCAGAUCGUCGGACGGACAUGCAAGAGGGAAUAGGCGUUGAAUACGAUGGUAGGGGCGAAGUGACAGGGACUACGGCCGGUGCACGUAUACAUGGUACGACUCGUACUGAUGAAGGCCGCGCGCGUCUGAAGAUAGGAUUUAUCGGGCAUGACUUCGACGAGCAUCCUACCGCGCACAUGAUCGAGGGCGUGUUUGUCUGGCAGAAGAGGUUGUCGGGGACCAGGCAGCAUGGAACUGGGGCCGCAGAUCAUCUCACGUCCGGGGCACCGCAGAAGAACGAUUGGACGGCGUCUAUGGUAGAAACAAAUUGUUGCAGCUAUGGCGGGGGGGGGCAAAAUGCCAAGAGGACCAGCCGAGGCGAUGGUGGGAACUCCACGUUCUCGCGGGCGCGGGAAUCCAUCCGUUCGUGUGCCUCCUCUUUUGUAGACCUCUACGCGGACGGCCACAGGGAGAGCGUCGAGCGGAUCCGAGCGGACGGCGUCGAUAUCCUCGUGGACUUGCAGGGGCACACCUUGGGAGGCAGGGGUCAAAUCACGGCCGCUCGACCGGCAUUGGUUCAGGUGAACUACUUGGUGUUCCCCGGAACCAGCGGAGCUCCGUACAUCGACUAUCUUCUCGGGGAUCGACACGUCACGCCACCGGAGCAUGCCCGAGACUUUUCUGAAAGUUUGGUCCUUCUCCCAAGAACGUACCAAGCAAACCUGUACGAAGGCCUCGCGCCAACUAGCUCGAGUUCAGGCCGAAAACACGACAGGGCUGUGCUUCGGCGCGGGCAAGGUCUACCGGGUGACCUCUCCAGAGCGGUGUUCGCGAAUUUCAACAAGGUGGACAAGCUGGAUCCGGAAUCGUUCUCUCUGUGGAUGCAGAUCCUGAGAAGGGUGCCGGGUAGUGUGCUUUGGCUGCUGGAAGCCAGUGCGGUGGACUCGGAGAGAGCAGCCAUACGCACCCGUCUACGGCAAGAAGCGGAGAGUCAAGGUGUUGACGGAGGCCGCAUAGUGUGGGCCAAAUGGGUGUCAAAAUCAGAGCAUCUAUCGCGGCAUGCCUUGGCCGACCUGUUUCUGGACACCUUGACGUACGGCGCACACUCGACGGCAACGGACGCUCUGGCAGGGGGGCUGCCACUUUUAACCCUUGCUGGGGCAUCCUUCGCAUCCAGAGUAGGGAUCUCCCUGCUGCGCAACGCUGGCCCCUCGCAAAGCGCCCUGCUGGUGGCCGGUCAGCGAGAGUUCGAGGAUUUGGCCGUCGAUCUUGUCUGUACUACACGCGGCCGGAAAGUUCUUCAUAGUUUACGAGCAUCACUUAGUUGGCGGUACAAGACAGAUUUUCGUCGCUCCCGGCUCGGUGAAACGGAAAAGGGGGCAGGGGGAGACAAAGAAAGGGCAGGAGCUGGAGGAGCAGAGCCUCCGCUUCCGAUUUUCGACACAGAAGCUAUCACCAAGGACUUGAAUCGGGCGUUCAUGCUCAUGUCCGAUACGCACGACGUAUGGAAGGUUCGCGGGCGACGAGAGAGGUGGCCGGGAGGCACACGUUUGCCUCAUAUCGUUUUGACUGGGAAAAGCCUCAAUGGUGGUGGCAGGCAUUCAGAGUUUUAG